CCACCAUUUACUCGGAAGAGGACUUGAGCGUUUAGUUUUCUUCCUGGACUAUUAAGAAGAAUGUUAGGUGGUUAACACUCAAUGCAUAUAUUAAUUCGGGAAACUGGGGAAUAUUCAACAAAUCUCAAGGAACAGCACAUUCGGAACUUAAUUUAAAGACAAAUUAAUUCUUCCUUUCGUUUGUUUACAGUAAGCCCGCGUAUCCAAAUCCAUCAAGAGUACUUUCUACAGAUGCACAGGGGACGUUUUACCUAGGAGGAGUGUAUAUGCACAAAGUAUACCGCCUUCUCCUGCCCUGAGUUUACAGACACAGGAUAAUGCAUUCUCAUUCUCUGCCCUAUUUGACUGUACAUGUGAUCGGAACUCAUUCUUAGCUAGAGUAGCUUCAAUGCUGCGAAAGAGUGUAGAAUGCAUUGGGCUUUUUUCAGAAUUAGACAGCUAGACUAGUUUAGAAUGUAAUUGAAAGGAGGGUUUACCAGAUGGUAACAUUUUGAGGUGAUACUUUUUGCUGUGGUUUUUAAAUGGAGUCGAUAUGGAGACGGGAGGGUUUACCAGAAGUGAAAGAUAUCUUUCUGGCGAUCUAUUUUGCUCUUGCGUUUAUCGUCGCCCGAUUUCUUAUCGAUUCUCUGCUUUAUCAGAAACUUGCUAUCUGGCUCUUAAGCAGGGGAAUUGUGUCACUGAAGCUGAAGCCCAUUAAACAAGCAAGGAUUACAAAAUGUACAGAGUCCAUGUGGAAGUUGACAUAUUAUGCGGGCGUACAAUUAUUUAUUUUCAGUAUUUCAUAUCAGGAGCCUUGGUUUGGCGAUAGAAAGGAACUUUUCAAAGGAUGGCCAAAUCAACCUCUCAAGUUUCCGUUGAAGCUCUUUUACAUGUGCCAGUGUGGAUUUUAUACGUACAGUAUUGGUGCCCUUCUAAUAUGGGAAACUCGAAGAAAAGACUUCACUAUUAUGAUGUCUCACCAUGUUAUUACAGUGUUCUUGAUUGCAUAUUCUUUCUUUACACGGUUUUUUCGUUGCGGGUCUAUAGUUUUGGCCUUGCAUGAUACAAGUGACGUGUUCAUGGAAACAGCAAAGCUCUUUAAGUAUUGUGGCAAGGAGAUGGCAGCUAGCAUGUGUUUUGGACUUUUUGCGAUUUCCUGGCUUUUACUCCGUCUCAUAUACUUCCCUUUCUGGAUAAUCCGGAGCUCAAGUUAUGAUCUCAUCCAGUACCUUGCUCUUCCGGACCCCUAUCAUAUAUGGAUGUAUUAUGUUUUUAAUACAAUGCUUCUAACACUCCUUAUGUUCCAUAUAUAUUGGUGGAUUCUCAUAAGUUUAAUGGUUCUGAGGCAGCUGAAAAAUAAAGGGCAAGUUGGUGAGGAUAUUAGAUCUGAUUCUGAAGAUGGAGAGUAGUGGAUGAAGGAUAUGUCUGAACAUGACAACAGAGUCAAUACUUUUGUUAAUGUGUGAGAUCUUGAAGACCUUGGACUGCUUGGUUCAGGGAUUCAUUUCGUCUUGAUUUCCUGCCAAAUCAGUUGUAUACUAUGGAUGGAUAGAUUUUGUAGUGUCUUUCUUCUAUCGCAUUAUUAGAUUACUUUCAUCCGCAUAUCAGUGUCCCCUCUGAAUAGGUUUGGUUUUGUUAUUUGGCUUAAUAUUUCCUCCCUUUUUCCUUUCCUACUCAGUUACAAUAUUCGAGAAUGUACGUCGAUGGCCCAUUUUCCAGGUUCACGAUCUUGACCAUUCUUGUGGCCAUUAGGGUGUUAUAUAUGUGCAGUCCACAACAUAUUUCAGCCAUUCGAAGGAAAAAUAGAAAAUGUUACAAAAAAUAAUUGCAUCUGUAUUAUUCGUAUUGCUUGUUUGUGCCAACGGAGCUCUUCCAAGUUUUGAGGCUCAUAUUAAGUGUUAAAUAUAAGGUCAUGAACAAUUCAAUCUUUA